AUGUUGGAUACAUUCUCAUAUAUAUUACUAAGGAAUAUAUAUGAAUACUUGGGAAAUGAACAGAUAGACUGUGUUUCAUUGGGUAUAACAUGCAAGCACUUGUAUCAUUUCACAUCAUCCAGACAUAAUGUGAACACUUCACAUUUACUCUGGAGCAAGACAUCACCAAUUGUAAUCGAUGAAUCAUUAUACGAAUCAUUGGUACACUUGGAGUUGGCUGCUGACUAUGACAAACCAUUCGUCCUGGUAUCAUGUCCCCCAACACUACGUAAACUGUCAAUGGGUCACUGCUUCAAUCAUCCACUAAAGCCUGGUAGCCUGCCCAAGUCAAUAACAUCACUUACCCUGGCUAAGUGCUUUGAUAAGGAGUUGGAGAGAGGCACUCUACCAGACACACUGACCGAACUCACCUUUGGAAUGGACUAUUGGCAUGAACUGUUGCCCGGUCUCUUGCCAAACAACAUACAGAAACUGACACUAAGUCGGCGAUACAACGAACCAAUCAGUCAGGGUGUACUUCCAAGUGCAAUGACAGAGUUGACAUUUGGUGUAUACUUCAACAAACAGAUUGAACCCAACGUGUUACCAACGAGCUUGACCAAGUUAACAUUUGGUAUCGACUUUAAUCAAACAAUAACUGGAUCAUUGCCACCAGGUCUAAAGUCAUUGACACUCAAUGGGAACUUCAAUCGACAACUUGUACCAGGUGACUUGCCCAACAGCUUGACAAGUCUUCAUUUUGGACAUAGUUUCAAUCAACCAUUGAUCCCUGGAACUCUUCCUGACUCCAUAACAACCCUAAAGUUCAGUAUUGGAUUCGAUCGACCAAUCGAGCCAAACACAAUGCCAAAGGGUCUCGUUGAGGUCUACUUUGGAUACUCGUUUAAUCAUCAGAUCGCACCAAACACAUUCCAUCAAUCACUCAAGACACUGUCAUUCGAGUUUGAGUUUAAUCAAGUCUUCUUGCCUGGUUCCCUGCCUGAUUCGUUGACCGUGCUCCUGCUUGGCUACCAAUACAACCAACCAAUCGCCGCUGAUGUGCUGCCUCCCGGCCUAAAGGCAUUGAGUCUUGAUCACAGAUUCAAUCGAGUGAUCGAACCAGGUGUACUACCAAACACCAUCUCUGAUUUGAAGUUGAGCAAGCUGUUCAACCGAAUGAUCGAGCCAUACAGUCUGCCACAGUCACUGAAGCGACUAGUGUUUGGAAACAACUAUGACCAGAUACUACAGCCCAAUGCCAUUCCAGAGGGUGUCAAGAUAUUGACCUUUGGCGAUCAAUACAAUCAACCAUUGCUACCUGACAUCCUACCUCGAUCACUGGAGAAUCUAACAAUGGGCAAGAACUUCUUCCAGGCCAUCAUACCUGGUACACUUCCAGAGGGACUCCAGACAUUGGUAUUUGGUUUGUUCUACAAUCUUAUGCUGGUGCCAGGUUGCUUACCCUCGACCCUUACAGAGCUUACCUUUGGCGAGAGUUACAACCACGAGAUGCUGCCAAAUGCCUACCCAGCAUCGUUGAAGAAGUUGACGUUUGGCACCAACUUUAAUCAAUCGAUACCAGCUGGAGCACUGUCUGACACACUUGCCGAGUUGACCGUUGGCCGAAUGUUUACACCACCUGUGGACCAGGUGUCACUCCCAAAGGGUCUAAAGUCAUUCACUCUUCAUGACCUUGCUGGACAGGGUGCCUAUCUUGGACAGCUGAGUGGCGAGUCGAUUAAUUUCGUCCAGACCAAUGCAACCUACAUCUAUCAGAGGAUCAGUCUACACUCACCUGUAAAGAUCAACAUCCGUCGACUUCAAUUGACUAUUGCUGGACACGAUGCCAACAUCAAGAGUUACUUUGCACUGAUCGCCAAGAACAUACCAUGUGCAGACACCUAUCACAUCAAGGCCAUCUUCCUUUCAAAAGAGUACCAUCUACGAUUCUUUGAUAUUGAGAAACAAGUGGCUAUUAUAGUUUGGAAGAGUUCACAGAGCAAGUUGUCAAAGUACUCGUUCUUCAACAUUCCAUACGCUCAAUGA